UGGGCCCAGCCAGACCUCGCCCGGCGCAGACGACGCAGCGGGUGCCACUCGACCACACACUUCCUGCUAUAUCUCUACUUCUAGCGCUCCUCAAGAUGUCCGACCAAAGGAAGUUUUUCGUCGGGGGUAACUGGAAGAUGAACGGGGACAAGGCUGGCAUUGAUGCCAUUAUCUCGUUCAUGAAGGGUCCGCUGAGCCCCAACACUGAGGUUGCGGUUGGCUGCCCACAGUGCUAUCUGAUGUACACCCGUGAGCACUUGCCUGAAAAUAUUGGUGUUGCAGCUCAGAAUUGUUACAAGGUUUCCAAAGGAGCCUUCACUGGAGAAAUCUCACCAGCCAUGAUCAAGGACCUGGGCUGUAAGUGGGUCAUUCUGGGACACUCUGAGCGCAGGAAUGUCUUCAAUGAAUCUGACCAGCUCAUUAGUGAGAAAGUUGGUCAUGCUCUUGAGGCUGGAUUGAAGGUGAUCGCAUGCAUUGGUGAGAAACUUGAGGAGCGUGAAGGCAAUCGCACAGAAGAGGUUGUCUUUGCCCAGAUGAAAGCGCUUCUUCCAAAUAUCUCUGACUGGUCCCGGGUUGUCAUUGCCUAUGAACCAGUUUGGGCUAUUGGUACUGGCAAAACAGCAUCCCCAGAACAAGCACAGGAUGUCCAUGCCAAGCUUCGUCAGUGGCUUCGUGACAACGUAAAUGCCCAGGUUGCCGACUCAACUCGCAUCAUCUAUGGUGGAUCAGUCACCCCUGCUAACUGCCAAGAAUUAGCCAAGACGGGAGAUAUUGAUGGGUUCCUUGUGGGCGGAGCAUCUCUCAAACCAGACUUUGUACAGAUCAUAAAUGCCCGUGACUAGGCUGUUAAAGGGAAGAUGAGAAUUUGUAAUGAGGUCUCGACCAUCUUGUUGUAUUUAAUUCUAUGGGAUGCUAUGGAGCCAUAAGAAUGUGUUUGUGUGAAUGUUAAGAUGGGGGUAAUUGUCUACAUUUUUAUAAUUUUACCUAAAUAUUUUUACACCAUGCAUAUAGAACUUGGCCCAGAAACUUAAUGAGAACUGGUCUUGAAAUGGGAAUAUAUCUGGAGUGUUGACCUUGUCUUUGGUUAAGGAGUACUGCAUGUCAUGUGCUAGUUCCUAGAUCAUUUGUGGUCUUUCAUUUAUUAAACGUAAGGUAUUGUAGGUAAGCCUUCGGUUUCCAGUAAUGGAUGAUAGUUAAGUCUCAUAGACUCCGAAUUGUGACAAUUUAUUGAUGACAUUCCCAAACAGAUCUUAUAAAAUAUUAAGUGCAUCACCAAGUAUGGUAUUGCACUUUUAAUAUUUUACAAAAAACUUGGUUAAGUCAUUGACCUUUUAUAUAUUGCUCACCUGAUCUUUACUUCAUUGCUGAUUUUUUGGCUAAAUUUAAAUUAAGUUGUCUGAUUGUAGUGUACAAUAUUCUACAAUAAAUUGUGCUGUUAGAAAA